AUGCCUCCUCCUUCCGACGCCUCCACUGCGACCAGAUGGCUCGCCGUCUCUCGUCGUGAUCCGCCGCCAAUUCGUCCUUCCUCUACGGAGUCAGAUCAACCCAGAUAUUCUGCCGUCCAACCUGUCCCGGCCGCGUUGCCAGACGAUCCAACGUUAUCUUUUUCGACAACCUGCACCAUACCUACCGUGCAAGAGAUGUCACCAUGCACUCUUGGCUGGGAUAAGGAGAGCUUGGGCCGAACGCUGUGUAACCGCGCGCGAGCCAUAAUCACUGCAGCCGUCGAGAGUGGAACGCCUUGGACGGUGGACAGUGUAGCUCAAGAACUCAACAUCACGGGUGCACAUCUCCACCGGCAGUUCAAGAGGCAUUUUGACCUCACGCCAAGAUCGUUCGCGGCAUCACUCAGCAAGGUCCACAUGACGUCUGAUGGCAGCACGAUGUCGCACCAAGACUGCCAAUCAGACCUGCUGGACUUGGCACAGGAUUGUCCACACAUACAAGAUGUUCACUUCCCGAACCUCCCUUUCAGCUUGGAUUUUGGCGACGGACUGGACGAUGUUUACUUCACGUCGCCUAAUAUUCAGAGUCAUUCAGAGAAAACAUGUACUGAGCUGAAUCCGUCUGAGACUUGGAAUUUCGAUAUACAACAGCUUCUGAGCAUUGAGGACGUAGUUUAUGAUGUAGAAGACGAAUAG